GAAUUUUGUGCUAAUUUUCUUUUUUUUUGGUUGAUUUAUUAUUCGAUAUCAUCAUAUAACAAAUUGGACACGAUGGAAACAAUGUACGAUCCGGAAAACCGUACAUACGAUUUAGGAUUGUGGCCAAUUCUACGAAGAUUAUCACAUGAACAACUUGUGAACAUGCAUCGAUUUUUUGUAUUCAAUUGUGGCCGUUCUGUUAUUUGGAUUGAUCGAAAUGGAACUGUUUAUGCUUUUGGAAUUAAUGAAUGUCAUAAACUUGGCGUAUAUGAACGUUCUUUAUUUUUAGAUGAAAAUGAAUAUGCCAAUGCAAGUAUUGAAAGACAUCCAAUGGAAUUAAAAUUAUUGAAUGGAAUGGAUUUUCGAUUAGAAGAAGCCGGUACACAUAUGGUUGCUUUGAACUCGUCGGGCAAAUUAUUUGUAUGGGGUAACAAUGAUUUAGGUCAAAUCGGUAUCGGAACUAUUACCCAAUGUGAACAUAUAAAUUGCAUCAUCGAUAAUAUUGUUGACAUUUCCUGUGGUUAUAGCCACACAAUUGCACUUACAGAUAAAGGCAUUGUAUUAUUCUGGGGUUCAAUCGAUCAGGACAAUGUUUAUUCGAAUCCAAUUCAAUUUUCUCAAUUGGAUGGCAUCAAAAUUGUUGCCAUUGCUUCACAUCGUCAUGGAUCAUUGUUUCGUAGUUGUGAUAAUGAUUUUUUUGCCCUUGAAAACACACACAGUACUGUGAAUAAUAUCAUCAAAGUGGAAAUUGAAUCACCUGUUCCUGCGAUCAAACAAAUCGUUGGUGUUUCAAGCUAUUUUUUUGCACUAUCCGAAAAUGGAAUUAUUCACAAAUGGAUGAAAAUGUCAAGCUCAAAAAAACAUUCCAAAAUAUUGCUUGAACCUUUAAUUAAACAAAGAAAAAAUCGUACUUUUAAUGGCUAUCGAAAUAAUGAAGAAAAAAAUCCAAAAGUAUCAAAAAUAAUUGUUGCCAAAAAUUAUGAAAAACAUGAUGAAUUUAUAGCCAUUUUAGACAAUGGAUAUUGUACAUUUCAUGGACUUUCUAUUUGGUUGACAUCAAUUUCCGAUGUUUGUUCAUUAUACAUUAAUUAUCAGACAAUUGGCAUGACCAUAUUGUCAUCAUUUGUCAUUAAUCCAUCAUAUUUAAUAUCAUUGAAUAAUUUCAAUGAUUGUACUAUUGAAAAUAAUGAAACCAGAUCAUCAUUUAUACGAUUACAAAUACAAGAUCGUCAAUUAUUUAUAAAUCGUUCAUUCCUUAUUGAACGUUCGAAAUAUUUUCGCCAUAAAUUUAUUGAACAAGAACCAUACAUUGAAGAUGGUGAUACAAUUAUUAUUGACGAUGAUUUUACAUUUCCUGUCUAUUAUUAUUAUAUACGAUAUUUAUAUACAGAUACAUUAUUGAUUGAACGUAAUCUACAAGGAAAACUAUAUGAAUUGGCCGUCAAAAAUGGUGAACAAGAAUUGAAAGCUAAAUUAGCUAGACAUUGUCAUGAUGAUGAACAUAAUAAUGAAUAUUUGAAUUUUUUCAUUCAUUCAAAAUGAUAAUGAUUCUGA